GUAGUGUAGUACCGUAGUAAAAUGUUUUGUUGUUUGCCAUAAAAUUCUUUAAUUUAACAGAAAAUUGUAGCGCUAUAUACUUAAUUGUAUUUAUUAAUAAAAUUUAUACAUAUUAUACGUACUUUUUAUGUUAUGAUAGUGGCAAAGUUAAAAGUGACUUGGUUAUUUACUAAAGCAGAAAAUGUGUAAACAUUAUGGAAUUUCUUUAAAAUCCUACAGAACACCCAAGUAUUUUAAUUAAACGGUGAUUUCCCAGAAUUUAAAAUGGAAAGAAAAUAUUCUGUGCCCUCAAAUCCUGAAUAUAACACAAUCCUGGGAACUACAAGUGAAGACUUACAUGCUUGGUCCAUUUAUAGACAAAAUCUUAAUUCUGAUUUUACUGAUAGUGCAUUAGGAUCAACCGAUAAAAGCCCACUUCCGUAUGGAAAUUUUCAAUUAAGAGAUACUACUGUUCAAUCAAUUUUAUCACAUCCUCGUUAUGGACCAAAGUCAGCAUUUGGAUCAAAUAUGUAUACAUAUUUAAAAUUUGGCUUACCAAGAGUAUUUCCACCAAAUGAAUUAAAUAACUCUGGAACUGGAACACAAGAUAUUUCAAGAAAUACGUAUAAAAUAUCGAUUGCGAGAAUACAAAAUAAUGAAAUUCAUGGCCUAAAGGAGGGUAGUUCUGGAUAUGAUAGUUCCGAAAAUGAAACAAUACAAUAUAAACUUAACAGAAAAUAUCGCUCAGAUCCGGACUUUGGUGUAAAGAAGGAUUUUUUUAAUUUACCCUUAGCUGCUUUGCAACAAGAAUGCCUUAGUGAAAUGCCCAACAAAUGGAAUAAAAACAGAAGUAUAUCGGAAGCAAAUUUAUUAACAACAAAUUAUAAUAUACCCAUGCAAUUACAUAAUAUGAGAAGAAAUAGUGUAGCUGAGUUUAUAAACAUGAACAAUAUGGAUCCAAGUAUAAGUCAUAUUUCCAAAGCUGAAAGUCAUAUAUCAUCUAAGAGGCGGCCAUCAAGAAUGAAUUAUCUAAAUCAGGAUGAAGACUACCCGACAUUUGUGUAUCCUCAUCUACAGGUUUGUGGAGUCAGUAUGUGGCCAAAAUUAACAUCAUGCAUCGGAUCCAAACAACACCUUCUUAUAAAUGAUGUUUCGUUUGAAAUAAAAGGUGGUGAAUUAAUGGUUAUUAUGUCAACAGCGAACAAAGAAGGAACAGCUAUUCUAGAUAUAUUAUCUGGUAAUAAAACUUCAAUUAUUGGAGAAAUAUUAUUAAAUGGUCAAGUAACUAAGGCAGAUGUUCUUAAAAGUAGAGUUGCAUAUGUGAGAUCAAAUUCUCAUCUUUGUAAUGAAAUGUCGGUUGUGCAUACUUUAAAAUAUCAUUACCAUCUUAGACGCUCAUCCAAAAAAGAUAUUAAAUCAAAAAUCACCUUAAACAACAGGGUAAAUAUUUUAAUAGAAGAUCUUGGAUUGGAACAAGUUAGAGAUACGAAGGUAUCAUCACUGACUAUAUCCGAAAAAUUAAGAUUACGAGUGGCAUGUAACCUUCUUUUAGAUACCGAUAUUAUUCUACUAGAUCAACCUACAGGAGAUAUGGAUAUUUUUGAUACUUUUUUUUUAGUAGAGUACUUAAGAAAUUGGGCGAAUGGGAAAUCUGUGGAAGCUCUAGGCAAAAUUGUUAUACUAACAAUGCAUCCACCAACAUAUGAAAUUUUUACUAUGGCCUCAAGAAUAUUGCUUUUAUCUGCUGGUAGAACUAUGUUUAGCGGUAAAAGAAAGGAUAUGUUGUCCUAUUUUGCAAAUGUUGGUUAUCCAUGCCCAUCCUUUAAAAACCCAUCAGAUUAUUAUUUGGAUUUAGUUACCUUAGAUGAUUUGUCAGCCGAAGCCAUGUUGGAAUCAUCCCAAAGAAUAGAGCAACUGGCAGAUAUAUUUCGACAUAAACAAGAACCUAUGAGUAAUCCUGGACCGCCUUCAACUUUGCCAGCGACAAUAAAUAAAUGCAAUUGUAUAUUUCAAGGCUACUUUAUAUUUACGAAAGCAAUUUUGUAUUCACAGCCAAGUACAUUUAUUAAUUGGCUAACUGUAAUACUAACCUCAGCUGGUUUAUCAUUAAUAAAUGGUGCUAUAUUUUGGGAUGUACCAAAUACUGAUCAUCAAUUAAUUUUAAACGAUAGGAUUGCUUAUCAUUACACAGUGAUGUGUAUAACAUUGUGGCCAUUAUUAUUGCUACUAACAUUAAAUGAAACAAGAAGAAACCAAAGUUCGGUAGAAAGUGAUAUAAGAGAUGGAUUAUAUGGACGUACAACUUACAUUGUUACAAAAACAAUUUUAAAUGCGUUUUCUUCCUUAUUCAUUUGGAUAGUAUAUUUAACACCCAGCUAUUUAAUGUCUGGCCUAUACUUGCAAAAUUUAAAAAAUCACGAUGGAUUUAUUAUUUAUGUUGGUACAAUGUUACUAUUUCUAAACUGCAUACAAAUGCUAAUUUUGUUAUUUUUUUAUUUAUUACCCAAAAAUGCUGCCAUUAUUUCAACAAUGUUUAUAAUUAUUCUUGGAUUUAUGAGUGGAUACACAAUACAUUUUUAUGAUUUGCCUUAUUAUGUAACUUUUUUGGAGUAUUUGAGUCCAACUACUUGGGUUCUACCAUUUUUGUUAAAAAGGGAAUUAUCUCAAGAAGCAAUUUUAAGUAGUUUAGGCAACAUGCUAUGUCGAAACAAACAAGUACAACAUCAAGAUAUAAUAGUUCAAUUACCUUGUCAACCGCCAAAUGGAAGUGAAGUAUUAUCGAAUUUAGGAUAUUUGGGUUCUCAACAGAAAUAUAUAAAUUAUAAUAAUACUUAUUUGGCGUUGUUAAUUUUAUAUUUUAUAAUAUGUCUUGUAGUUUGUAUUGUAUUUAUUGUAAGCUUUUUUCCAUACAAAAAAUCUAAAACAAAAAUAAGUGAAGGAAACAAUCCUUAAUUAUUUUAUGAUAUUAUUGAUAUAAUUUAUU